AUGAAAGUUUUAAUCAAUUUGCAUCAUGGUCAACAGGAAUUACAANCAGAAAAUUCAAAUGAUCCAUCGUUUCAAGCAAAAGUUUGUAUGCCAAAUCAGAUGAUAAUGGUCAAUAAUCUUCAAUAUGCAUCAGUGUGUCUUGAUGUAAUUAAUACAUAUGGUGAUAUCGCAUGUAGUAUGAAAGAUGUUAAUAAAAAUUAUUGUAAAUGCGAUUAUUUACCUCGAACAAAAUUAACUUUAGGAACAACAAUAAUAACAUCAUUUGCAUUGGGAGCUUUAGUAUUUUUAUCACAUUUAGUUGCUUUUGUUAAAAAAGAUUAUAUUGUCAAAUGGUUAAUUCCAAUGUGUUAUGGUCUUUUAUGUGUUGCUGUUAUAUUCAUUUUAAUAACAUUAAUAUCAGCUGGAUCAAAUUUAGAUGAAGAUGCUAAUGAACUUCGAUUUACUUCGACAAUUAUUCGAGUGAUUUAUUAUAACGAUUCAUCAACUGCAAUCAAAAUUCAACAGUCAAUAAAAACAAAUUCAACUGUAACAUAUCAAACUAAAGUUGGAUGGUGUUAUGGAAUGGAAAUUUUAGCUUUUUAUUUCUCACUUAUUUCAUUAGUUCUUUAUUUAAUUAUGUUUUUAAUUCGAAAAAGACCUGAUGCAAUCAAAGCAAUUAUGUAA